CAAAGUGCUGAGAUUACAAGCUAUUUAUGAUAUUUAAUGUGUACUGUUUGUCUCUCACCUCCAGAAUUAAGCUCCUUAGGACAGGGAUCCUGUUUUGUUCCCUAAUGUUUGCCAGGUCACCUAGAACAGGUGCCUGGCACACAGUAGCUGUCAGUCGGUAUUUAAUUGAAUGGUUGAAUGUAUCCCAAUGUACUUCUUCGUCUAUGCUUUUCUCCCCAUGAGAAAAUGAGAAGAGGGGUGCGCUUGUUGACUGAGAUGGGAUGAGCGCUAGGUUUGUGGAGGCCCAGCCGAGUUCCUCGACAGAUCCCCAACCCAAGCUUUUGGGUUGCCGGACAACUGCGUCCUGAAAUCCCGCCUUCUGGGCGGGCACGGGCCGAGGCGCCCCCUCUGAUUGGUCAGCUGGAGAUGAUGGGCAUGAGAGACAGCGAAGGAGCAGCUACACACUAAACUUCCGGGCGCGGAGGUCUGCGCGCCCUGGUGAGCCGUUGGCCUGGUGGUCCCGCAGUGAGCCCGGCGGCCGGUGGGGAAGUCAAGGAGGGUUUGAGCAUGGCAGAAGGAGACACCCUGUUAUCAGUGGAUUAUGAAAUUUUUGGGAAGGUGCAAGGGGUGUUUUUCCGAAAGUAUACUCAGGCUGAGGGUAAAAAGCUGGGAUUGGUAGGCUGGGUCCAGAACACUGACCGGGGCACAGUGCAAGGACAAUUGCAAGGUCCCAUCUCCAAGGUGCGUCAUAUGCAGGAAUGGCUUGAAACAAGAGGAAGUCCCAAAUCACACAUCGACAAAGCAAACUUCAACAAUGAGAAAGUCAUCUUAAAGUUGGAUUACUCAGACUUCCAAAUUGUAAAAUAAUGGCCUGAAUUUAAGUUUUGUUUUUGGUUGAUUUGGUUUGGUUUUUAUUGUUAAUAGAGAUAGAACUAUUGUGUGUUAAUAUUAGCAUUAGUCAAUAAGUUAUUUUAAUGUCAGAUAUUUGAAUGUUAUUAUAUAUUACCUGUAUGAUGGAAGGAUUAUUACUGUACACAAAUCUAAUCAAUAAAAACAUUAGAACCUUCUGCUUAGAGUACUUUU